ACAAGGCACCAUGCCAAGCCCCUCGUUGCUUUGCUUCCCCCAGGCUGCAAGAUCCUCCUCCGCCGACCUCGAGGAGAGGAGGGGAACAUGAAACACGCGCAAUUGCUGCUGAGCUACUUACUACACACACCGCAGCGGUGCACACCACGUCCACAGUCCACACGCGCGCGCCUAGGCCUAGCGAUGGAGUGACAAGCAUCGGGUUGCUUCCGGCGAUGGCCAUUGCCAACCCCGCCCCCCGUCUCCUUCGUCAUGCGUACAAGACAUCCCCACAUCACCCCCUCCUCCACCACCUCCUCGCCGCACCGCAAAAUCCACCUCCCCUUCCCGGCCCUGCAUUGCAUCCGUUCUUCUUGCUUGCUUCCCCGGAACCUCGCGCUUGGUCUGACGCAACGCAACGCGCCUUCGGGCCCUGAGAUAAAAUCUCCCAGCGCUCGCUUGCUCCGCCAAAAUUCACUCCUUGGAAUUUCCUGAGCUGUGGGAAAUUUUCUCUUUUGUUUUGGUUCUUCUUUGUCCCCUUAGGUCGCUAGCAUUUGUGCGUUCCGCCGAAGCUCCCUUGUUUGAUCCGUCCUAGUUGCGGAAGCGCCUCUUGAUUUGGUUCUAAAAUACAUCGUUUCUUGUUUUCAUCCUUCCGAAGGGGGGGAAAUCAUCUUUUUUGGGCCCUGAUUUGAGUGUGUCACCUUUGGUUCCGGCAAUGGGGAACAGCAGCAGCAGCAACAGACGUCCGCCGGGGCCCUCGGAGCCGGCGGAAGAGCUGAGCUCAUACGAGGCCGCGUGCCGGUCGGACCCGGAGCUGCGCACCUUCGACACGACGCUGCAGCGGCGCACCAGCCGCGCCAUCUCGACGCUGGCCGUGGGCGUCGAGGUGCGGUCGAUGUCGCUGGACUCGCUCCGCGAGGUCACCGGCUGCCUCCUCGACAUGAACCAGGAGGUGGUGCGCGUCAUCCUCGACUGCAAGAAGGACAUCUGGAAGAGCCCCGAGCUGUUCGACCUCGUCGAGGACUACUUCGAGAGCAGCCUGCAGACCCUCGAUUUCUGUACCGCACUCGACAAGUGCCUCAAGCGCGCCCGCGACUCCCAGCUCCUCCUCCACGUCGCGCUCCAGCGCUUCGACGACGAGGAAGACAUCGACGCCGCCGCCGCUGCUCCCUCCGCCCGGUACGCGCGCACGCUGCACGAGCUGCGCCAGUUCAAGACGGCCGGGGACCCCUUCACGGACGAGUUCUUCGCCGCGUUCCAGGCCGUUUACCGGCAGCAGCUGGCAAUGCUGGAGAAGCUGCAGCAGCGCAAGCACCGGCUCGACAAGAAGGUCAAGACCAUCAAGGCGUGGCGCCGGGUGUCAAGCAUCAUCUUCGCGACCACGUUCGCGGCCGUGCUCAUCUGCUCCGUUGUUGCCGCGGCCAUCGCCGCCCCGCCUGUGGCCGCGGCAUUGGCCGCGGCUGCUGCAGUCCCUCUGGGGUCUAUGGGGAAGUGGAUCGAUUCGUUGCUGAAAGGGUAUCAGGACGCGCUCCGCGGACAGAAGGAGGUGGUGAGCACAAUGCAGGUUGGCACAUUCAUUGCCAUCAAGGAUUUGGACAGUAUCAGAGUCCUCAUCAACCGGGUGGAGCUGGAGAUCAGCUCAAUGGUAGACUGCGUAGAGUUUGCAGAGCGGGAUGAGGAGGCGGUGAAAUUUGGGGUGGAGGAGAUCAAGAAGAAGCUGGAGAACUUCAUGAAGAGUGUCGAAGAUCUAGGAGAGCAAGCAGACCGGUGUAGCCGGGAUAUCCGUCGUGCAAGGACCGUUGUUCUGCAAAGAAUCAUCCGACAUCCAAACUGAAAAAUAAAGGGAAAUGUAAGGUAUGGAUGUCUUAAUAUAUAGCCAUGUUACUCUUAAUAAUGUUGUGAUGGAAUGUACAUAAGAGAUGCACCUUUAGG